AUGGAGAAGAAUCUCCCUCAAGCAAGAACCCUAGACCUUAAGAGAAUGAAGAGGUUGGAGAAGCUCAAAAGGGACCUUGAAAGAAUGAAGAACGAGAGAGAUGAACUCCGGGGAAUCCUGGCACAUUAUAUUAACAAGGAUUUGAACAAGAGGUUCAACUUUGAGACCAUGAUGCUGGAGAUGCAACACGACCAGGUGAUGAGCAAGCUCAAAAACAUUCCACAGCAGAUCAGUGAGGCCUUUUAUAAGUGCCAAGAGUUGACUAAAAAUAAUCAACUUUACAGCAUCAGGAACUGUCACCUCCUGACCGAGUCUCUUCAUAUGAAGAGUGAAGUAAAAAUACUCUGGAAUGAAAACAGGCAGCUGCUUAAGGAGCAGAUUACACUGGAAGUGUGUUCUAAGGAAACAAGGAGGCUAUGUGUGGAGGCCAGCAUGAAGAUCUAUGACAAAUUU